CAUAUUUAUAAAGAAACGAACUUAUACACUGGAUACUGCUGCUCAACUUCAAUUCCCAACCCGGCACUUGAUGGACGAAGUGUUGCACCAAAUUGCGCAUAGCCAAGAUGAUGAUCGACUUAGAUCAGCCCGAUCACGACUAGUAACAGCAAGUUAUUGGACCUCGCCUCAAUACGUAUCCAUGGGAAGUUGAAUCAUACUCGAGCGACAUAAUUCGUCGAUGCGGUGAAUACGGAUGGCCUUUCAACGCAUGCGUCCCGAAGUCAGCUUGCGCGCGGUUCUGGACGCCGCUUUGGCGCAGGCCGUGCCAUUAAAUACCCCCCCAACCCCCCUCAGGUUGCAUAUCUUGCACGCAAUAGUAUUACAUGCCGCAAACAUAAGAGGGGACUUGCAGGUAAACGCGCAGAUCUACAGCUGCAGGCGCUCUUGUGUGGUUGUGAACUUCCGAGGUUUGCAACUGCUUUUCAUCACAGUUAGAACUAUGUGGUGCUUUGAGGCUUUGCCUGGGCUUCACUCAGCUUUCGAAGGUGGUUAAAUCCGAGACGUUAGUUGUCCCCCGUUCAGGGCAUCACCGACCGGGCCGGGUGGCCCGCA